AAAAAACUGUAUGCUGUUUUUUGCUUAUAGUCUUACAAACAGACAACUUCAAAUCAGUCAUCCCCACGUUGCGAAAAUCCGAUCUACGUCUCUCUCUCUCCAAUCUUCCUGCGCCACAGAAUUCUCGAUUUUCUCCAAAUCUCGGCGACCUUUGAUCAAACGGCGAUCGCCGAUUUCCGGUAAAGAUGAAUGACGGAGAUGUGUCGAGGCAGAUCCAGCAGAUGGUGAGAUUUAUCCGCCAAGAGGCGGAGGAGAAGGCAAACGAGAUCUCGGUCUCCGCUGAAGAAGAAUUCAACAUCGAGAAACUGCAGCUAGUUGAGGCGGAGAAGAAGAAGAUCAGGCAAGAUUAUGAGAAGAAGGAGAAGCAAGCUGACGUGCGCAAGAAGAUUGAUUACUCGAUGCAGCUAAAUGCUUCAAGGAUCAAAGUUCUUCAAGCGCAGGAUGAUAUUGUCAAUGCUAUGAAAGACAAAGCAGCAAAGGAUCUUCUGAACGUGAGUAGUGAUGCGAAUGCCUACAAACAGCUUCUUAAGGCUCUGAUUGUUCAGUGUUUGCUUCGGUUGAAAGAACCAUCUGUGUUGUUGCGUUGUCGUAAAGAGGACUUGGGCUUCGUUGAAUCUGUUCUCGAUGACGCAAAGGAGGAGUAUGCUGGUAAAGCAAAGGUUCAUGCACCAGAGGUUGCUGUAGACACAGAAAUUUUCCUUCCGGGUCCUCCUAAAUCUCAUGAUUCACAUGAUCUCCACUGUGCUGGAGGUGUUGUGUUAGCUUCUCGUGAUGGGAAAAUUGUGUGCGAGAACACUCUUGAUGCGCGUCUUGAUGUGGCCUUCCGUAUGAAACUUCCAGUGAUCCGUAGGUCGUUGUUCGGCCAAGUUGCUGCCUAAUGAAUGAAAGAGAGAGAGAGAGAGAGAUGUGAUUCAAACCGGUUUGUGUUUGGUUAUAUAACCCAUUUGGGAAAGAUUUCUCUUUGUUGUGAUUCUUUGUGUUCUGCAAAAACUUUAUACUUUGAUGCCAAAAACCCUAUCGAACUCUUCGGUUUUUCGUAUGUAUUUUUUCCUCCUUCCUCUGAGUGUUAUUAUCAUGGUUAUAAAAAUAAAUAAAGAAUCGAAAAGAGACUUCUUUUUUUUU